GCGAGUGGCACUGGGGUGGCACAGCUAGUAGGACCAUCAGUCCGUCCUUACACUUAUUACUGUAUCUUUGAGUGGCUGUGAAUUCACUUGUUCGACGCUGAGAGCAUUUUUUCCUUCCCUUAGCAAUGAGAGCUGCACUUAUUGUGGCGUGCCUGUUGGCCGCCCUUGCGCUGCCCCUCCAGGCCCUCCCACCCCCCGCCGGAGGAGAGGGGCACUCCGCCCUGCAGCCUCGCCCCCCAAAGUUCGCAGGUGGGCGUCACCUGACUUGGUGGAUAUUCGGGAACGAUGACGAAGAAGUUACCACGCCUGACGCAAGCGACCACGUCUCGCCCACGCCCCCUCCUACCUCCUCGCCAGGCCCCACGACCACAGAGGCGCCGAGUGCAUGGAGGUCGUGGUUCUCGAAGGUGGGCGACAAGAUAAAGAGCGCGGCGUCCAAGGUCAAGGACGAGCUCCGGGAGGCGAAGGAGGCGUACGACACGGGGCGGGCGGCGGUGGGGAUGGCCCUCACAGAGGGGGCCAAUAAGGUCGGCUCCGCCAUCAAGUCCGGCUUCAGGAAGAUCAAGAUCAAGUUCACCGGAGGCAAAGAGAAGUUCAGCAUCAUGGCGACGCGUCUGAAGGAGAAGCUCGAGGCGGGCGACGAGCGAAUCCUCGAGCUCAUGAAGAAGCUCGGGAUCAACGUCAACAUCGAAGACAACAAGAUCACGGGAACCACCCUUGACAAGAAGAACGUGUCCGUGACCGAGAUCCUUCAUGGCGAGGGUCUUCUCUCCAACAAGUCCGCUCACUACCACACUGUCGUCGAGGAGCCUGAGUUCACGGGCGGAGAGAGGGCGCCGGAGCUGGGCGAAGGGGCGGGCGGAGAGGCCACGGCGGAGGAGGUAUUCCACUCCGCCGAGGACCAUGACACUUCCCAUGUCACUGAGGACUCUGAUACAUUCCACUCCGCUGAAGAUCACGACACUUUCCACUCCGACGAGGACCAUGACACUUCCCAUGUCACUGAGGACUCUGAUACAUUCCACUCCGCUGAGGAUCACGACACUUUCCACUCCGAUGAGGAAUACGAGGAUGACUUGAUCACUCCCUCGACUUCGCGCGCAUCGCUUCCUUCCACCGCAAGGCCUUAG